CUAGCAUAACGAUAUUUCUACUAAUGUCUCGUCACCGGCCAUGCGUACAAUAUAUGGACACUCAAGGACAAAAAUGACGUCGAAUAUAGUUUAAGCACGGAGCAUAAGCAGCGGAGCAGAGGUUUCACUGGAUUCAGUUUUUUGCGGACUGCCAAAGGCUAGGUAUAUCAUCGACUUUGCGAUUCAAAACCGUUAUUAUGGCGCGCAAUAGAAAAUCACUUAGUUCUUUUGAGUUGCAAUUAGAGGUGGAAAAGGCAGCCGAUGAGUUACAAAAUUAUGAAAACAUCAGUGAUGAUUUUUCUGAUUAUUCAAAUUCAGAUUCCGACCCCACGUAUAAACAAACAGAUGACACAUGCUCGAGUGAAUCUGAUAACGAACCGUUAGCGAAAAGAAAGAAAAUUUCUAAUAAAGAAAACGUAACACCGACAGCGAAUGUACGAAAAAAGUAUACCUCUGGUUUUGACCCUUCACAUGAAGAUAUAGGUGCGGCAUGCGCGGGUAAAUCAAAAUCCAAUUAUAAACCUUUAUCGUGCAAACAGAACACUUUUAUGAAAGGAAAAAUAAAGCUUCUAACAGAUAUACCAAAAUAUAAUACAUCUGCAGGUCCGUCUUGUGAACAGGGACAUAUGGCAAUGGAGGACGAAUCAGAUAGCUCUUUGAAACAGGAUCAGAAUUUCUUGACAGAUACAGUCGAACUAGAAGAAAACACCUCUCAAGCCACAGUUUGGGGACCAGUUACAGGAAAUUUUGCAACUUUUGAACUUCCUUAUAAUCUUGGCAUUCCUGAAUAUUUGAAAAAUGAAAUGGCAGGUAAAAAUGAAUUGUCAUUUUUUGAAAUGUUUGUCUCUGAAGAUGUGAUAAAUAUGAUUGUGACUCAAACAAAUAUUUACGCAGAGCAACAAAUUCUUAGCGGAAUAAUAAACGAAACGAUUACGAAAGAUUCACGCCUAAAUUCAUGGAAAGACACUAAUUACAAUGAAAUUCGUACAUUCAUAGCGGAUGGGACUCGACUCAAAGCCAUCAUUACCUGA